AUGGAUAUUCAGUCAUAUCUUCAGUCUCUUCCAACUCCUUCCAUUCUGAUCAUCUCCUUUGUUUUGUGUUCAUGGUUUUACUAUCAAUAUUCUUGGUAUAACAGAAAUGCGAAAAAGAACAGCUCAAUACCCACAAAUUGGCCUCUACUUGGGAUGCUACCAGCAAUUAUUCAGAAUGCUCACCGAAUUCAUGAUUAUGGGACUCAAGUCCUUAUUGAAAGUGGGGGAACUUUUGAGUUCAAAGGGCCCUGGUUUACCAAUGUUGACUUUGUUGUGACUUGUGAUCCUGCUAACAUCCAUUACAUCUUCAGCAAAAACUUCCCAAACUAUCCAAAGGGUCCUGAAUUCCGGAAAAUGUUCGAUGUCUUGGGGGAUGGCAUCUUCAAUGCAGAUUAUGAGCUGUGGGAAAUCCACAGGAAAGUUACUUUAUCAAUAUUUCAUCAGCCUGAUUACCAGAAAGUCUUUCAGGAGACUGUGCUGGAGAAAGUGGCGAACGGGCUACUUCCAGUCCUGGAGAGUUUCUGGAGCCAGGGCGCCGAGUUUGAUUUGCAGGACAUACUUCAGAGAUUUACUUUCGAUUGCUUCUCCAGAUUGCUUCUUGACUAUGAUCCAGAAAGCUUGUCCUUGGAGUUACCACACAUUCGAGCCCAAUACGCAUUUCUCGACGCCGAGAAAGCCAUUUUUCAGAGGCACAUCUUGCCUGAGAGCUGCUGGAAGCUCCAAAAAUGGCUUGAUUUUGGGAAAGAAAAGAAGCUAAGGGAAGCUUGGGACGACCUUGAUCAGUUCAUUUACCCUUGCCUUGAAAAGAAAUUGACACUUCUUACUAGUUCCACUUCAACUUCAAAGCAAUUCGAAAACGGCUUAAAUGCUUUCAUUCAGGCUUACAAAUCAACUUGUUCGAGUUCGAGUUCAAAAAAUAUCAAUCGUCCAGAAGUCACAAAGCUGUUCCUCAGGGACGCUUUUUUGAGCUUAAUGGUCGCGGGAAGAGAUACAGUCAGAUGUAUAACCGAGAAGAUUGUGAUGCAUCUUUACAUAGUCUCGCUUUGUAGCUCAAGUCUUUUGUCAAAAGGUACUACUACAGCAACUUUGGAUAGGGAUGGGGAACUAGGGAAGAAAAAAUUGCCUCGAAACAAAAUGUAA